UAAAUCCUAAAUCCUAACCCUAAACCCAAAACACAACCCUAAAUUAAUCCCUAAACCCAUUACUUGAUCAUGGUUCGGGUCUAGAGUUUAGAAUUUUGUGUUUAGGGUUUAGGAUUUAAGGUUUAGAGUUUAUGGUUGAUGGUUUAGGGUUUAUGGUUUAGGGUUUUGGGUUUAGAAUUUAGAAUUUUGGGUUUAGAGUUUAGGAUUUAUGGUUUAUGGUUUAGGGUUUUGGGUUUAGAAUUUAGAAUUUUGGGUUUAGAGUUUAGGAUUUAUGGUUUAUGGUUUGAGGAUUAGGGUUUAGAUUUUAGAUUUUUAGAAUUUCAGAUUUUGUAGACGGCGUUAACGUCAGUGUUUUUUUCAGCCAUUUUUUUUAAAUUUUAUUGUCUUUUUUAACUAAUCCAACAUGGUAAUUUGGUUGGUUAUAAAAAGUGAGAUGAAUUUAACUAUUUACCAUAGGAGUGAACCCAAGUAUUGUUCCCAUAUAUAUGCAUAUGCCUAAAAAGAGCAAUCACAAGAUUCGAAUCUUAGAAAAGAAAGAAUCUUGCUUAAUAAAUUCAAGAAUCUAACCAGUCUUAUAUAAUGUGUUAAACGUAAAUUGGGAAAGCAUAAAGUCCUCGCUAACAAAAGGAGAUCCUCGAAAGCCACGUACACUCAUAACUAGGAGAUCAGACAUCUCUCCUCUACUGCUCAAGUGUGAUGACCCCGACAUGGCAGAAGAUCCUGGCGUCAUUCAGGUUGUCCAGCAACUGGACAGAGCUUGUCGGGACGCGGGAUUCUUCUACGUGAUAGGUCAUGGAAUCUCGGAGGAUCUUAUCAAGAAAGUCAGAGAGAUCACGCGUGAGUUCUUCAUGCUUCCUUACGAUGAGAAACUUAAGAUCAAGAUGACUCCUGCUGCUGGAUACAGAGGAUAUCAGAGAAUUGGAGAAAAUGUAACCAAGGGAAAACCAGAUAUUCACGAAGCCAUUGAUUGUUACAGAGAGUUUAAGCAGGGAAAGUAUGGUGAUCUAGGCAAAGCCAUGGAAGGACCAAACCAGUGGCCAGAGAAACCUCAUGAGUUCAAAGAGUUGAUGGAGGAGUAUCUAAGGCUCUGUACAGAUCUUUCAAGAAACAUCUUGAGGGGAAUUGCAUUAGCUCUUGGAGGAUCACCUUAUGAGUUCGAAGGAAAAAUUGCUGGAGAGCCUUUUUGGGUGAUGCGUCUUAUUGGCUAUCCUGGUGCUCCCUUCACAAAUGGCAAGCUCGAAAACGACGUCGGAUGCGGAGCUCACACUGACUAUGGCUUGUUAACUCUUGUAAAUCAAGAUGAAGACAAAACAGCUCUACAGGUGAGAAACUUGGGUGGAGAUUGGAUAUCAGCCAUUCCCAUCCCUGGAUCAUUUGUUUGCAACAUUGGCGACAUGUUAAAGAUACUUUCAAAUGGAGUAUACGAAUCCACACUUCAUAGAGUGAUCAAUAACUCUCCUCUAUACCGUGUCUGCGUUGCAUUCUUCUAUGAGACUAAUUUCGAUGCGGUGGUGGAGCCAUUUGAUAUAUGUAAAGAUAAGUACCCUGAAGGGAGAGGAGAAUCACAAAUUUUCAAAAGAGCUGUCUAUGGAGAGCAUCUGGUGAGCAAAGUCCAGACAAACUUUGCAAUGUAAUGUAACAUAGAUUUCUCUCACCUUUGUACACAAUCAUCAGUACUUCACCUUCUGGCUUGGCUUGUAAAUUAUAAUAAACGCUUCCUCACGUCUGUAUUAUUAAUCAACACAAAAGGUUUUGUUCAAAUUCGUUUGAGCAUACCCAAUCGACUCAGUAAACAGUAAGUCAUCUUAAUGAAUUAUGUGUGAGCCUCUAA